GCCACCAACCUGAUCACGAAGAAGGAGCUGCUGACCAUGGACCCCGACACAGACGACGGACAGCUCGUGUAUGAAAUCACCACUGAGCCCAAGCACGGAUUCCUGGAGAGCAAACUGAAACCUGGCAACCCCGUCACCACGUUCACACAAGCCGACGUCAACCUGGGUCUGAUCCGUUAUGUGCUGCACGAGGAGAACGUUCAGGAAACCAUGGACACCUUCAAGUUCCUGGUCAAAGACAGUAAACCCAACGUGGUCAGUGACAACGUCUUCCACAUCCAGUGGUCCCUCAUCGGCUUUGAGCACAAGAGCUACAACGUGAGUGAGAAGGCCGGCACGGUGGCGGUGACGGUGAAACGAACAGGGAACCUCAACCAGUACGCCAUCGUGCUCUGCCGCACCGAGCAGGGCAGCGCCACCUCCACCAGCAGCGUUGGAUCCAGCCCAGGACAGCAGGACUAUGUGGAAUAUGCGGGACAGGUACAGUUCGAUGAGCGCGAGGACACCAAGGUGUGCACCAUCGUCAUCAACGACGACAAAGUGUUUGAGGGAAUCGAGAGCUUCCACGUGGAGCUGAGCAUGCCCGUGUACGCGCUGCUGGGCGGGAACACCCGCGCCAUCGCCAACAUCAACGACACCGAGGACGAACCGACUCUGCAGUUUGAUAAGAAGAUCUACCACAUCAACGAAAGCACCGGAUUCAUCCACGCACCCAUCGAGAGGAAAGGUGACACCUCCAGCACCGUGUCCGCUCUCUGCUACACCGUCGCCAAGUCCGCUCAGGGCAGCAGCCUCCACGCGCUGGAGUCCGGCUCCGACUACAAGAGCCGCGGCAUGACCGGUGACAACCGCGUCAUCUUCGGCCCCGGCAUCAGCAUGUCCACCUGCGACGUCAAGCUCAUCGACGACAGCGAGUACGAGCUGUCCGAGGAGUUCGAGCUGGUGCUGUCGGACGCCUCGGACAACGCCCGCAUGGGGGACGUGACGGUGGCCAAGGUCGUCAUCGAUGGACCCAAUGAUGCGUCGACUGUGACUCUUGGGAACGCCACCUUUACUUUCAGCGAAGAUGCAGGCACAAUUGAAAUACCGGUGCUGCGUCACGGCAGCGAUCUGUCCUCGCUGACGUCUGUGUGGUGCGCCACUCGACCUUCAGACCCCCCCUCAGCCACUCCGGGGGUCGAUUACAUCCCCAGCUCCAAGAAGGUGGAGUUCAAACCUGGGAAAACUGAGGAGACCUGCAGUUUGACCAUCAUGGACGACAUCCAGAACCCGUCCAUCGAAGGGUCCGAGUCCUUUGUGGUCUUCCUCAGUUCUCCACAGGGGGCGGUUCUACAGGAGCCAUACGAGGCUAACGUCGUCAUCACCGACACCUUCCAGGACAUUCCCAGCAUGCAGUUUGCGAAGACCGCCUACACCGUGAAGGAGAAGGACAGCGUCCUCCACAUCCCCAUCAUCCGAACCGGGGACCUGUCCUUCAAGUCCUCAGUUCGAUGUUUCACCAGGACCAUGUCCGCCAUGGUGAUGGACGACUUCGAGGAGAGAAGAAACGCAGACGAGUCACGAAUCACGUUCCUCAAAGGAGAGAAGGUGAAGAACUGCACCGUCCACAUCAACGACGACUCUGUGUUCGAGCCUGAGGAGGAGUUCCAGGUGCAUCUUGGGACGCCGCUGGGGGACCACUGGAGCGGCGCCAUGGUGGGCGUUAGCGACAUCGUCACCAUCACCAUCACAAACGACGAAGAUGCUCCCACCAUCGAGUUCGAGCAGGCGUCCUAUCAGGUCAGAGAACCUCCUGGUCCGGACGGGAUCGAGGUGUUAAACAUCAAGGUGGUCCGAGGCGGAGACCUGGACCGGACCUCUAAGAUCCGCUGCAGCACCCGGGACGGAUCGGCCCAGUCCGGCGUCGACUACAACCCCAAGAGCCGAGUGCUGAAGUUCACCCCUGGUUUGGACCACAUCCUGUUCAAGGUGGAGAUUCUGUCCAAUGAGGACAGGGAGUGGCACGAGUCCUUCUCAUUGGUCCUUGGCCCUGAUGACCCCGUGGAGGCGGUGCUGGGGGAGAUCACUAUAGCAACCGUGACCAUUCUGGACCAAGAAGCUGCGGGCAGCCUCAUCCUCCCUGCCACACCCAUCGUGGUCUCGCUCGCCGACUACGAUCACGUGGCCGAGGUGACGAAGGAGGGCAGUAAGAAGACUCCCUCUCCAGGGUACCCUCUGGUCUGCGUCACCCCCUGCGACCCCCACUACCCCAAGUACUCUGUGAUGAAGGAGCGCUGCGAGGAGGCCGGCAUCAACCAGACACAGGUUCACUUCUCGUGGGAAGUGGCGGCGCCCACCGACACCAACGGAGCACGCUCGCCUUUCGAGACGGUCACGGACACCACGCCCUACACCGGCGUCAACCACAUGGUUCUGGACAGUAUUUACUUCAGCCGUCGUUUCCAUGUCCGCUGUGUGGCUCAGGCGAGGGAUAAAGCCGGUCACCUUGGAACGCCACUGAGGAGCAACAUCGCCACCAUCGGCACCGAGGGCUCCAUCUGCCACACGCCUGUUACCACGGGAACCGCCAGAGGCUUCCAGGCUCAGUCCUUCAUCGCCACACUCAAAUACCUGGACGUGAAGCACAAGGAGCACCCCAACCGGAUCCAUAUCUCGGUGCAGAUCCCCCAUCAGGACGGCAUGCUCCCCCUGGUGUCCACCAUGCCUCUGCACAACCUGCACUUCCUGCUGUCGGAGUCCAUCUACAGGCAGCAGCACGUCUGCUCCAACCUGGUCACCCUCAAAGACCUGCAGGGGCUUUCAGAGACCGGCUUCCUGGACGACGUGUCCUACGACAGCAUCUCUCUGGGGCCCGGUUACGACCGUCCGUACCAGUUCAACCCCAACGUCCGGGAGACCAAGAGCAUCCAGCUCUACAAGCACCUCAACCUCAAGAGCUGCAUCUGGACCUUUGACGCCUACUAUGACAUGACCGAGCUCAUCGACGUCUGCGGGGGCUCCGUCACCGCCGAUUUCCAGGUUCGGGACUCGGCUCAGUCCUUCCUGACGGUGCAGGUUCCGCUCUAUGUGUCUUAUAUCUACGUGACGGCCCCUCGAGGCUGGGCGUCUCUGGAGCAUCACACCGAGAUGGAGUUCUCUUUCUUCUACGACACCGUUCUCUGGAGAACAGGAAUCCAGACGGACAGCGUCCUCUCAGCCAGACUGCAGAUCAUCCGGAUCUACAUCCGAGAAGACGGACGACUGGUGAUUGAGUUCAAAACCCACGCCAAAUUCAGAGGUCAGUUUGUCCCCGAACACCACACUCUCCCCGGCCACAAGUCCCACCUGAUGGCGCCCGACCACCUCGGAGGCAUCGAGUUCGACAUGCAGCUGCUGUGGAGCGCCCAGACGUUUGACUCGCCGUACCAGCUGUGGAGGGCCACCAGCUCCUACAGCAGGAAGGACUAUUCUGGAGAGUACACCGUCUUCCUGAUCCCCUGCACCGUCCAGCCUACUCAGCCGUGGAUCGACCCCGGGGACAAAGCUCUGUCCUGCACGGCCCACGCUCCGGAGAAGUUUCUGGUGCCGAUCGCCUUCCAGCAAACCAACAGGCCCGUUCCUGUGGUUUACUCCCUCAACACGGAGUUUCAGCUGUGUAACAACGAGAAGGUUUUCAUGAUGGACCCGGCCACCGCUGACGUGUCCAUGGCUGAGAUGGACUACAAGGGAGCGUUCUCCAUGGGUCAGACUCUGUACGGCAGGGUGCUCUGGAACCCUGAGCAGAACCUGAACGCAGCCUACAAGCUGCAGCUGGAGAAGGUUUACCUCUGCACGGGCAGGGACGGAUAUGUUCCUUUCUUUGACCCCACGGGGACGCUGUACAACGAGGGGCCGCAGUACGGCUGCAUCCAGCCCAACAAGCACCUCAAACAUCGCUUCCUGCUGCUGGAUCGUAAACAGCCGGACGUGUGCGACAACUACUUCCACGACGUUCCCUUCGAGGCUCAAUUCGCCUCAGACAUCGUGGAGCUGCAGCCCAUGGCGGCCAUGCCGGGCGUCGAUGGCUUUACCAUGAAGGUCGAUGCUCUUUACAAGGUGGAGGCGGGGCACCAGUGGUACCUGCAGGUGAUUUAUGUGAUCAGCCCGGAGUCACGGUCCAGCCCCAGGAUUCAGCGCUCAGUGACCUAUCAGCUGAGUCGCCCCAAACGGGACCUGGUGGACCGCAGCGGGCGUCUGACGCUCGACGAGUCGCUGAUCUACGACAACGAGGGCGACCAGGUGAAGAACGGCACCAACAUGAAGUCGCUCCGUCUGGAGACCGGGCCCUCCGCCACCUUUAACGCGCACGUGGGCAGCUCGGUGGGUGGGGGCGUGGCCGCCGUCACCAUGCUGGUGCUGGUCCUGCUGGCCUCCUGCUUCCUGUUCGGCCGCUGCCGACGCGCCGCCAAGCAGAAGAAGAGCCAGAGCGCGGCUAAAGCCUACGAGGAGUAUCCGCUCAACACCAAGGUGGAGGUGUGCAUGGACAAGUGUGUGGAGAAGAACUUCAGCACCAAACACUGCACGGUGAGGAACGUCAACAUCCUCAACCGCAACCAGGACGCCAACGGCAAGGCCAAGGUCAAGCAGGUCAACCUGGAGGUCAAACUCCACAACAACCUCAGCGACGGCACUGAGGUCUGAAAGACUGAUGAGGAAGAGGAGGAGGUAGUAGAAAUAAGAAAAAGGUAUUUUCUAAAAGAGAGUUUGUACUUACGGAGCGAGAUGUUUGUUAAUGUAUUUUUAUACCACUAUGAAAAAGGGAAGAGUGUGAAGCGCAGAUGGCUACGCGGCAUUUGAAUCAUUUCACAACUGGGCUACCUCAGGAAUCCACAAACCACCGAGCUGCACGACAGCAGAAUCACCUUCACCUGAACCCGUCGCUCUUUUCAUCAAACCCUCUACUUGACAUUUUACGUCAUAUUUAGCUGAGACACUGGAGAUUGUUUCGAUUAAAAAAACGCUCGCCGCUGCUAAGUGUCGCUGCUGUCGGCUGGCAGUCCGUGUAGAAGUCUUCCUGUUCUUCAUCCCGCUGAUGAAUCAAAUCUCAAAACUAAACAGAGCAACGUUUGAUUUUCUCACAGAGCGACUUUCGAAGUGAAAGUAUCGAGCACAUGCUGCUGCUGCCGCCACCCGAGGCCAAGCGAGAGUGAACGAAAUGAUAAACGACGAAUGAGGCCUUUUCAAGUGCAAUUAACGCCAUAACGUUUUUCAACCCCUUCCUCAUGAGCUGGACCUUUUAUUUGCAUUUUAAACUCGUGUCUUUCAUGCCUUACUCCGGAUAAUUCUUCUUUUUCUCCGACUUGUACUCAGCUGCCAAUAUUAAGUGCCAUGCAGUAUUUUUCCUCAUGAAUUUCAAAGACAACUCAUCCGGUGUUUUCUUCGUCCAAGAGUGAGAAGUGGGGAGUUGAUGGUUCGGAUCCCGUCCAGAGAGUUUUUAGCCUUAUCACUGAAAAUAAUCACUUUUUAAAUGAUGUAUUUUGUAAUAGAUGUGUGUGUCCGCCUGCCUUUGUUCCGCCCAAAGACACCGAAUCUUUUUAUUUACACCCUCUAUGUAUUAUUCUUAUUAUCUUACCCUCUUAUGAUGUAUUAUGUUACGCUCAGCUACUGACGAUGUUAAGACUACUGUUAUUUUUUCAAAGUGUAUGACACUGGUUGGAGAGCAAAAAAAAAAAAAAAAAACUCAACUCUCGUUUGAGACGGCUCUUUCUCUCCAUUGGUCCCCUUAGAUCCCGCCUUCCGUCUUUUUUCAACUGUGUGCCUAUCAGAUAUCGGAAUGGGGAAUUCUGGGAAAUGACAUUAUAUUUUUGGUGCUAUCAAAAGAGAAUAACUAUGAUGCUUUCAAUAUGAUGCCUGUAUUUGGUGCCUUUUUUGUUAAUAAAAAAGAAACAAAACCCA